CACGUUCCCCCGUUAAACCAACCUAAAACCCAGUCCACCCCUAUAUAAUACUCGUACUUUUCUCAUAACCUUCCAUUAACAAUCCCUGAGAAUCUCAUCUCUCCGUCCAAGUCAGAACUCAAAACCCUAGUUUCUAUCAACCUUUCUUCGAUUUCUAGCGAUCUUUUGGAGUUUGUUGUAUUGUUGAUCUGAGAAAGCAAUGGCUCGUACGAAGCAAACUGCUCGCAAAUCAACCGGUGGUAAGGCUCCGAGGAAGCAGCUUGCCACAAAGGCUGCAAGGAAAUCUGCUCCAACAACUGGCGGAGUCAAGAAGCCUCACCGUUACCGUCCUGGAACUGUUGCCCUUCGUGAAAUUCGAAAGUACCAGAAGAGCACUGAGCUUUUGAUCCGUAAGUUGCCCUUCCAGCGCCUUGUUCGUGAAAUUGCUCAGGACUUCAAGACGGAUUUGAGGUUCCAGAGCCAUGCCGUUCUUGCGCUUCAGGAAGCUGCGGAGGCUUACCUGGUUGGUCUGUUUGAGGACACCAACCUCUGCGCCAUCCAUGCGAAGAGGGUUACCAUCAUGCCUAAGGAUAUUCAGCUUGCCAGGCGAAUCCGUGGAGAGCGUGCUUAAGUAGUAGUUUAGUCUUUUUAACAUUACUGUUUUUAGUUUAGUUCACUUCACAGAUGAUAUAGUUACUGAUUCCUAUUCUUUUGGUGUCUGUAAAGAAGUUUCGCUGUUAAAAAUUGCGUGAACUGUUAGGAUUAAUUUGUUGUUGGUUUUACAUAAAUUUCUUUUGGUUUUGGUGAAGUGUUAUACGUGAAAUACUUAUUAAUGGCAUCGGUUAAAUUUUAGAAGUCUUA